ACAUGCACUGAUCAGUCAUGACAGAUGCCGGUGGUGGACGUUAUCAUCUUGACAGGCAGAGGUAGAAUGCCAUGUUGAGCAAAACCUCUCAAGGUGGCGCUAGUUUUUCAUGUCUUCGUCGACUGCCCGAGGGUUGCUUGUACACAAUUGCCAUCAUCAUCGUCGACUGAUUGCAUUAGAAAUACAGGCAAGCAAACCACAACGAAUGCCAGAAUGCCAUACAAUGAUGCGGCAAGAAUAAACCUCGCUAAGCCAAUAAUGAUCACCUUUCCCUCUGAUGCAAUCCCCCUGAUUCCAUGGUCCUCAACUUAUCCCAAAAGAGUAUGUGGACCACGUCCCGACACGGAAAUGGUGUUUCCAUUUUUGGCUGCGGCUGUUCUGUCCAAUAACAUGUGUUUGUCAGGGUUCGUGAUCAAGUUUUCUGCCCGUGUCAUUUUAUAUUUCACUCCUGUCCGGAACGCCCGGGAAUGGAGGAAAAUACGUCUGUACCUGAGGGUACCUGAAGGUUUGAUACGUGGAGUACGAUGUGGCUAUGGCUACUGCUUUUUUAUUUAUUAUUUUUUAUUUAUCUUCUUCUUCUUCUUCUUUUCCCCCCAACUGAGUAGAUUAGUAUCAGUCCUGCAGAGCAGCAGAAUAACUGCAUUAGUUUACCUGUGUUCUAACGACAAUCAUGCUAAGCAAAUGCUAAGACUUUGCCAAUACCAGCGAUCAUCCCGACUGAUCACAUUAUGCAGGAUGUAUUGCAUGAUCCAGCUGAAUACUGGGUCCCUGCUUGUCGAGUGGAUGUGGUGAUGAGCGAUGAUGGACGGUGAUGGUCGUCGAUUUAUGGGGGUCGGUUUGGGGUCGCUUAGAUCAUCCCCAGUAGAUCAUAGCUGGUUUAGGGAGGUCCUUAUAGGCCCCAGAGUUUUCCGGACCAUAGGGGAUUUUUGUGCGGAUAUGCAAUGGGAGGAUCAUAAUUCAUCGUAAUGCUGUUGUCUUUUCUG